UGAUGCAAAAAUCCAAACUUUAACGGCAAAUACUUGGCUUGCAGCUGCUCUUGGCAACAAAGACUAGUGUCGAUAGCGACAGCCGGAUAGGGAUGGCCGGCGGUAACCACCCCAAGCCUCCGCCCUCCUCCUCUUCCCACCGCAAAUCCCGUUGGGAAUCCAACGCCAACAAUGUUAAAUCUCCGGCGGAUCCCCAACCGAAUAACGAUCCCAAGAAUCCCAAACCCUCCCCUAGAACCAAACCAAGCAACCCUAACCCUAACCAUAAUCAUAAUCCUAGCCCUAGCAAACGCCCUUCCUCUGAUCACCCACUCCUAAUCCCUUUCCCGGAGCCUCCCGCCCUCCCUCCGCCCCCUCCCCCGGCCUACGGAUUCCACAUGCUGGAGCGCCGUACCAUCGUCCUUGCCGACGGCAGCGUCCGAUCCUACUUCGCCCUCCCACCCGAUUACCACCACCUCCCUCCAGCUCGGCCCCCCAUUGACCUCCCUUCCGCCGGCGGAGCUCCAUUUGAUAACCGGUUCCCUAGCCCCUCCUCUCGAUUCGACCGCCCUAGGCACCCUGAUUACCGGAACCUGCCCCCAGAAGCUUCCGGGAAGAGGAAGUUUGGUGACGAGGAUGGCGGCGGCGGACGGGACGAGCUCGCCAGGCAAAGGGAGCAGCUCUUGCGGAACGCGAAUCUCAAUAAUGGGUUUUCUGCUGCUGGUCCCAGUGAAUUGAGGCCUAAUAAGCAGAUAAGGGUUGAUGGGGUUGUUGCUGGUGGUGGUGGUUUGGGUGUGAAGCACCACCAGCAGGUUGGUCAGGAAAAUUUGAAGAAGGCGUUUCUUCAUUUCGUUAGGUUGAUUAAUGAGAACCCCAGCCAGAAGAAGUCUUACUUGGAAGAUGGAAAGCAAGGGCGAAUUCAGUGCAUUGCUUGUGGCAGGUCAGCUAAAGAUUUUCCAGAUACUCAUGCUCUCAUUAUGCACACUUACAACUCAGAUACUGCUGAUUUGCGUGUUGAUCAUUUGGGGUUACACAAAGCUCUGUGUGUCUUAAUGGGUUGGAACUACUCAAAGCCUCCUGAUAACUCAAAAGCAUAUCAGUUUCUUUCUGCUGAUGAAGCAGCAGCAAAUCAGGAUGAUCUGAUCAUGUGGCCGCCACUGGUGAUUAUUCAUAACACAAAUACUGGAAAAAAUAAAGAAGGUCGUAUGGAGGGUUUGGGAAACAAAACAAUGGACAAUAUAAUUAGAGAGCUUGGAUGUGUGAGUGGCAAAUCAAAGUCAUUAUACGGAAGAGAUGGUCAUUUGGGCAUAACACUGGUUAAAUUUACUGGGGAUCAAUCAGGCCUUAAGGGGGCCACGCAGCUUGCAGAACACUUUGAGAAGGAAAAGCAUGGGCGCAAAGAUUGGGCCCGUGUACAGCCUGUCAUAACAUUUGGGAAGGAGGAUGAGAACAAUCCAAACCUUGUAAAGGUGGAUGAGAAAAAAGGAGAUAAAAGGAGGGUGUUGUAUGGCUAUCUAGGAACUGCUUUUGAUCUUGACAAAGUUGAUUUUGACACAAGGAAGAAGGCAGUCAUAGAGAGCAGGAGAGAAUACAAACAAUCCGUGUAGUUUCUAUGAAUUAUACAUGGAAUAGCAGUGCACUUGAAUGAAAGAAUUGCGGCUUCUUCUGGAAAAAGUCUUUCCAGUUGAAUGAUAAUUAGUCCUGAUUCUUGAAGAUGAUAAAAGCUGAAUGUUAUGUUAUGUUGUAUUGAUCGUUUUUCAAGGCUUCAAGGCUGCAAUAGGAUGCCAAGUUGCCAUCAUUUUUUAUUUAGUUCCCGGUGGUAUAUUCUUAAUACUAUUGAAGCAUUAGGAUUUAGGAAGGUGUGUUUGCCUUUUCACCAUCUGACACCGUGGAAUGCACUCAAAUUUAAGUCAAAUGUUCGGAAUUUUUAGACUUA